CGCUCGUCGCGGGCAGCCUCAAAGCUGUCAACGUUUCCCUUAGUCCCCGUACCAGUGACAGGUCCGGAAAGUCUUUCAUUUCUUCCGCAGGUCAGGGCCUCCUUUUUUUGUUGUUUUUUGUCGGUUCGGACGAAAACUCAACUAGUGAUUUUUUUUUUCCGUUUUACAGAUGACUGUGUUAAGACUGAAUGUUGUAUCAGUGGGACUUGUAUUUAUAGUAAAGGCUAGAUAUUUAAGUAUCUUAUUUAUAUGUAACACCACAAAAAAUAAGCUUUUAAAACUGUGUACGUUUCCUGGUUUUUAAUUGUCCACCUCUUAAAAUAUUUUACUCUAAGAGAAGCGUAGUAUUGUUGUGAUAGGGCAGGUUUGGUGAUUUAAUGAAGAAAGAUUGGCAAAAUGUAGAAGAAAUACUGAAAAAUGGCAAAUACACGGUAUUAUAAACAGAUACAGAAAUUAUUGCUAUAGUUAGAGAAACAUGUUGGAAUAAAACAUUCUUAUCAACUUAUUUUCCAAAGAACUAGGACUCCUCAAAAAUGAUUUUGAGGUGAUUUUUUUCCCCAUGAAGAGUAGUAUGGUUUUGCUUUAUUACUUGCUAACGUAUUGUAGUAUUUUAAGAUUCAAAGGAAGAUUAGAAAGUAUCUUUUGAAGAAAUACUUCCAAUUAAAACAGUAACAAAUAUGUGUGUGGAUAAAUGGAAGGGCCUUGAUUGUUUUCUUUGAUUUGGGGGUCUACAAAAUACCUCAAAUAUUAAUAUUCUAUCCCAAACCCCAAGAUUAGUAAAUUGUGGUAUAUGUGUAUAUGAUAGGCUAUUAUCAAGCCAUCAAACAUUACGUGGAAGAUUGUUGACUCGGAAGAAUCCCAAGUUAAAACACAAGUUGCAAAAUAAUACAUAUGGUUUAACACUUUUGUUAAAAAAGGUAAAUAAAGCAUAGAAUAAAUACAGAAAACUGAAUGCCAGUGUUAAGGAUGGUUUUUUCUAGAAAGGAUUGUAAGGUUUUUUUUUCCCCCUUUGAAUCCUGUUCUCCAAGAUUCUUAUUUUAAUCAUGCAUUACGAUACUGAGUAUCAUGAGAAAUAGAGUACUAAAAGUUUAUAAACUGUCAGAAUACACCAUAUGGUUAUAAUGAGUAAAUAUUUUCCCAGUUGCACAUUAUAAAGUUAUUCUUUAGUGUCCACUGUAAUUUAUUGGUUGCCAGACUUUUGGACAUGUGACUGUAAUCAGUGCCAUUUUAAAAUUUCUAACCGAGCUUCAUGAUGUCUUUCCUCUUUAUGGGAAAAGAAUUGCUGAAGGGAUGCUCACAAUCUUUUUAAAUUGCACAAACUUUUCUAAAUGUCCCACUUACGUAUACUUUUAACACAUUUAUUAAAAAGAUGAAUUGAUCUUUCACGCUAUGCCAAAUACUAUUUUAUAAGCCAGUGCUACAAAGAUGAAUAAAAUGUUCUUCCUGUUCCCAGGGAGCAUGUAAUCCUACAGUUGAAACUUCUUUGUUGUGCUUUGAAGUUUCAAAGUGAUUUCAUGUACGUUUCACAGUCCCAAUAAUCUAAAGGAGAUAUGUACACCUGACUGCUCUCAUUUUAGAAGUGAAGAACCAGAUCUGAGAGGUUGUGACUCAAGCAACAUCAAACAGAUAAUUUAAGGUGGCCGACUUGAAACUCACAUUGUGGUCUUCUCAGUUCAAGUCCUGUUACCUCUCCCACCUGCCAAGUCACAUUGCCUCUCUUGCCAACUUCCAAACUACGUUUAAAAAUGUGUCCGUUGAAUAAGAAAAUAAUUGAAAAUUACCCUUAAGUUGCAUCUUUUUCUUGUUUUACCAGAGAAAGUGAAUGGUUUAAGGAGUUUUGGAUAUUGUGUGGUCUAAACUGGUAUACACACCAAUGAUUUACUUUUUUUUGGUCAUUUGCUUUUCACUGGAUUAUUUAUGAAGAUAAUUAUGACCUACCAAAAUGAUUGAAGGUUUUGUUUUUAAUCUUUCUAAACUUGUGUGUGGUGUCUUUCCAAUGCUGAUAGGACUUUUGGAAAGAAAUGUCUUUCUCUGAAUUUUUUUUUUUUUUAGGGGGGGAGGAGUUUUCCAGACUCUGCUCACAUGGGUCAUUCUUGGUUUGUUCCAGCUUGCCAACACUUGGGGUCACAUGUGAGCCUUCCACAUGUGUUCACUCUCCAUUCCAGCUCUGUGAUUGAACUCUGCUCUUAUUGACUAGGGGGCAUUUGGGCAGGCAUGCUUCAUUCCUGGAAUUGACAGUCAUUCCAUAAGAAGUUGGAUUCCAUGGGUUCCAAGAGAAGACGAGCUACCUCCCCUUCUAGUAGUGUCAGCGGGGACUUUGAUGACGGGCACCAUUCUGUAUCCACACCAGGCCCAAGCAGGAAAAGGAGGAGACUUUCCAAUCUUCCGACUGUAGAUCCUAUUGCUGUGUGCCAUGAACUCUACAACACCAUUCGAGACUAUAAGGAUGAGCAGGGCAGGCUACUCUGUGAGCUCUUCAUUAGGGCACCAAAACGAAGAAAUCAACCAGACUAUUAUGAAGUGGUUUCUCAGCCCAUUGAUUUGAUGAAAAUCCAACAAAAGUUAAAAAUGGAAGAGUAUGAUGAUGUUAAUCUGCUGACUGCUGACUUCCAGCUCCUUUUUAACAAUGCAAAGGCCUAUUAUAAGCCAGAUUCUCCUGAAUAUAAAGCUGCUUGCAAACUCUGGGAUUUGUACCUUCGAACAAGAAAUGAGUUUGUUCAGAAAGGAGAAGCAGAUGAUGAAGAUGAUGAUGACGAUGGGCAAGACAAUCAAGGCACAGUGACUGAAGGAUCUUCUCCAAGUUACUUGAAGGAGAUCCUGGAGCAGCUUCUUGAAGCCAUAGUUGUAGCCACAAAUCCAUCAGGACGUCUCAUUAGUGAGCUUUUUCAGAAACUGCCUUCUAAAGUGCAAUAUCCAGAUUAUUAUGCAAUAAUUAAGGAGCCUAUAGAUCUCAAGACCAUUGCCCAGAGGAUACAGAAUGGAAGCUACAAGAGCAUUCAUGCAAUGGCCAAAGAUAUAGAUCUCCUAGCAAAAAAUGCCAAAACUUAUAAUGAGCCUGGUUCUCAAGUAUUCAAGGAUGCAAAUUCUAUAAAAAAAAUAUUUUAUAUGAAAAAGGCAGAAAUUGAACAUCAUGAAAUGGCUAAGUCAAGCCUUCGAAUGAGGACUCCAUCAAAUUUGGCCACAGCCAGGCUGACAGGUCCUUCACACAGUAAAGGCAGCCUUAGUGAAGAGAGAAAUCCCACUAGCAAGUAUUACCGAAAUAAAAGAACAGUCCAAGGGGGUCGUUUGUCAGCAAUUACCAUGGCACUUCAGUAUGGCUCAGAAAGUGAGGAGGAUGCUUUAGCUGCUGCACGUUAUGAAGAAGGAGAGUCGGAAGCAGAGAGCAUUACUUCAUUUAUGGAUGUUUCAAAUCCUUUUUAUCAGCUUUAUGACACAGUUAGGAGCUGUCGGAAUAACCAAGGGCAGCUUAUAGCUGAACCUUUUUUUCAUUUGCCUUCAAAGAAAAAAUACCCUGAUUAUUAUCAGCAAAUUAAAAUGCCCAUAUCCCUACAACAGAUCAGAACAAAGCUCAAGAACCAAGAAUAUGAAACUUUAGAUCAUUUGGAGUGUGAUCUGAAUUUAAUGUUUGAAAAUGCCAAGCGCUAUAAUGUUCCCAACUCAGCCAUCUACAAGCGGGUCCUAAGAUUGCAGCAAGUCAUGCAGGCAAAGAAAAAGGAGCUUGCCAGGAGGGACGACAUUGAGGAUGGAGACAGCAUGAUCUCUUCGGCCACCUCUGACGCUGGUAGCGCCAAAAGAAAAAGGAACACUCUUGACAGUGAGAUGUUGGGUCUCAGGAGGCUCUCCAGUAAAAAGAACAUAAGAAAGCAGCGAAUGAAAAUCUUAUUCAAUGUUGUUCUUGAAGCUCGUGAGCCAGGUUCAGGCAGAAGGCUUUGUGAUCUGUUUAUGGUUAAACCAUCCAAAAAGGACUAUCCUGAUUAUUAUAAAAUCAUAUUGGAGCCAAUGGACUUGAAAAUAAUUGAACAUAACAUCCGCAAUGACAAAUACGCAGGGGAAGAGGGAAUGAUAGAAGACAUGAAGCUGAUGUUCCGGAAUGCCAGGCAUUACAACGAGGAGGGCUCCCAGGUGUACAACGAUGCGCAUAUCCUGGAAAAGUUACUCAAGGAUAAAAGGAAAGAGCUGGGCCCAUUGCCUGAUGAUGAUGACGUGGCUUCUCCCAAACUCAAGCUGAGUAGGAAGAGUGGAAUUUCUCCUAAAAAAUCAAAAUACAUGACUCCAAUGCAGCAGAAACUAAAUGAAGUCUAUGAAGCUGUAAAGAACUAUACUGAUAAGAGGGGUCGCCGCCUCAGUGCCAUAUUUCUGAGGCUUCCCUCUAGAUCUGAGCUGCCUGACUACUACCUGACCAUUAAAAAGCCCAUGGACAUGGAAAAAAUUCGAAGUCACAUGAUGGCCAAUAAAUACCAAGAUAUAGACUCCAUGGUUGAGGACUUCGUCAUGAUGUUUAACAAUGCGUGUACAUACAAUGAGCCUGAGUCUUUGAUCUACAAAGAUGCUCUUGUCCUGCACAAAGUCCUGCUUGAAACUCGGAGAGACCUGGAGGGAGAUGAGGACUCUCAUGUCCCAAAUGUGACCUUGCUGAUUCAAGAGCUUAUCCACAAUCUUUUUGUGUCAGUCAUGAGUCAUCAGGAUGAUGAGGGAAGAUGCUACAGUGAUUCCUUAGCAGAAAUUCCUGCUGUGGAUCCCAACUUUCCAAACAAACCUCCUCUUACUUUUGACAUAAUUAGAAAGAAUGUUGAAAAUAAUCGCUACCGGCGGCUUGAUUUAUUUCAAGAGCAUAUGUUUGAAGUCUUGGAAAGGGCAAGAAGGAUGAAUCGGACAGACUCUGAAAUAUAUGAGGAUGCAGUGGAGCUGCAGCAGUUUUUUAUUAAAAUCCGUGAUGAGCUCUGCAAAAAUGGGGAGAUCCUCCUAUCACCAGCGCUCAGCUACACCACGAAGCACUUGCAUAACGACGUGGAGAAAGAGAAAAAGGAAAAAUUACCAAAAGAAAUCGAGGAAGACAAAUUAAAGAGAGAAGAAGAAAAAAGAGAAGCUGAAAAGAGUGAAGACUCCUCAGGCACUGCAGGCCUCUCAGGCUUACACCGCACAUACAGCCAGGACUGCAGCUUUAAGAACAGCAUGUACCAUGUUGGAGAUUACGUCUACGUGGAGCCCGCGGAGGCCAGCCUGCAGCCACACAUAGUCUGUAUUGAGAGACUGUGGGAAGAUUCUGCUGGUGAAAAAUGGUUGUAUGGCUGUUGGUUUUAUCGGCCAAAUGAAACAUUCCAUCUGGCUACACGAAAAUUUCUAGAAAAAGAAGUUUUUAAGAGUGACUAUUACAAUAAAGUUCCUGUUAGUAAAAUUCUAGGAAAAUGUGUGGUCAUGUUUGUCAAGGAAUACUUUAAAUUAUGCCCAGAAAACUUUCGAGAUGAGGAUGUUUUUGUCUGUGAAUCACGGUAUUCUGCCAAAACCAAAUCUUUUAAGAAAAUUAAACUGUGGACCAUGCCCAUCAGUUCAGUGAGGUUUGUCCCUCGGGAUGUGCCCUUGCCUGUGGUCCGAGUGGCCUCUGUAUUUGCAAAUGCAGAUAAAGGGGAUGAUGAGAAGAACACAGACAACUCAGAGGAUAGUCGAACUGAAGACAGUUUUAACUUGGAAAAGGAGAAAGAAGAUGUCCCUGUGGAAAUGUCAAACGGUGAGCCAGGUUGCCACUACUUUGAGCAGCUCCGUUACAAUGACAUGUGGCUGAAGGUUGGUGACUGUGUGUUCAUCAAGUCCCAUGGCCUGGUGCGCCCACGUGUGGGCAGAAUUGAAAAGGUAUGGGUCCGAGAUGGAGCUGCGUAUUUUUAUGGCCCUAUCUUCAUUCACCCAGAAGAGACAGAACAUGAGCCCACAAAAAUGUUCUACAAAAAAGAAGUGUUUCUGAGUAAUCUGGAAGAAACCUGCCCCAUGACAUGUAUUCUGGGAAAGUGCGCUGUGUUGUCAUUCAAGGACUUCCUCUCCUGCAGACCAACUGAAAUACCAGAAAAUGACAUUCUGCUUUGUGAGAGCCGCUACAACGAGAGUGACAAGCAGAUGAAGAAAUUCAAAGGACUGAAGAGGUUUUCGCUGUCUGCUAAAGUGGUAGAUGAUGAAAUUUAUUACUUCAGAAAACCAAUAGUUCCUCAGAAGGAGCCCUCACCUCUGUUGGAAAAGAAGAUCCAGUUGCUAGAAGCUAAAUUUGCUGAGUUAGAAGGUGGAGAUGAUGAGAUUGAAGAGAUGGGGGAAGAAGAUAGUGAGGUCAUUGAACCUCCUUCUCUGCCUCAGCUUCAGACCCCACUGGCCAGUGAGCUGGAUCUCAUGCCCUACACACCCCCACAGUCUACCCCAAAGUCUGCCAAAGGCAGUGCAAAGAAGGAAGGCUCCAAACGGAAAAUCAACAUGAGUGGCUACAUCCUGUUCAGCAGUGAGAUGAGAGCUGUGAUUAAGGCCCAGCAUCCAGACUACUCUUUUGGGGAGCUCAGCCGACUGGUGGGGACAGAAUGGAGAAACCUUGAGACAGCUAAGAAAGCAGAAUAUGAAGAGCGGGCAGCUAAAGUUGCUGAGCAGCAGGAGAGAGAGCGAGCAGCACAGCAACAGCAGCCGAGUGCUUCUCCCCGAGCAGGCACCCCUGUGGGGGCUCUCAUGGGGGUGGUGCCACCACCAACACCAAUGGGGAUGCUCAAUCAGCAGUUGACACCUGUUGCAGGCAUGAUGGGUGGCUAUCCGCCAGGCCUUCCACCUUUGCAGGGCCCAGUUGAUGGCCUUGUUAGCAUGGGCAGCAUGCAGCCACUUCACCCUGGGGGGCCUCCACCCCACCAUCUUCCGCCAGGUGUGCCCGGCCUCCCGGGCAUCCCACCACCGGGUGUGAUGAACCAAGGAGUGGCCCCUAUGGUAGGGACUCCAGCGCCAGGCGGAAGUCCGUACGGACAGCAGGUGGGAGUUUUGGGGCCUCCAGGGCAGCAGGCGCCACCUCCGUAUCCUGGCCCACAUCCAGCCGGCCCCCCUGUCAUACAGCAGCCAACAACACCCAUGUUUGUGGCUCCCCCACCGAAGACACAACGGCUUCUCCACUCAGAGGCCUACCUGAAAUACAUUGAAGGACUCAGUGCUGAGUCCAACAGCAUUAGCAAGUGGGACCAAACCCUGGCAGCUCGAAGACGCGAUGUCCAUUUGUCAAAAGAACAGGAGAGCCGCCUGCCCUCUCACUGGCUGAAAAGUAAAGGGGCCCAUACCACCAUGGCAGAUGCCCUCUGGCGCCUUCGGGAUUUGAUGCUCCGAGAUACCCUCAACAUUCGCCAAGCAUACAAUCUAGAAAAUCUUUAAUCACGUCAAUUACGUUUCUUUUAUAGAAGCAUAAAGAGUUUUGUGGAACAGUAGCCAUUUUAGUUACUGGGGGCGGGGGGGGGAGGAACAAAGGAUGAUUUUUAUUGCAUUUUACUGUACAUCACAAGGCCAUUUUUAUAUAAGGACACUUUUAAUAAGCUAUUUCAAUUUGUUUUUGUUAUAUUAAGUUGAUUUUAUCAAAUACACAGAGAUUUUUUUGCAUAUGUUUCCUUCGUUUAAAACCAGUUUCAUAAUUGGUUGUAUAUGUAGACUUGGAGUUUUAUCUUUUUACUUGUUGCCAUGGAACUGAAACCAUCAAAGGUUUUUGUCUUGGCUUGGGGUUUUUGAUUUUGGUUUUUGGUUUUGUUUUUUAAAAAAGAACAAACAAAAUGAAAAAAAAAUACUUACACACACACGCACACACACGCACCCAUGAGAGUUUACAGAUUAGUUUAAUUUGACAAUGAAAUGUGAAGUUGGUCCUAGUUUACAUCUUACAGAGGGGAGUGCACUGAUGUCUGCUUCAUGUGCCUCAGUAUCUCAAGUCACUUUAGCAGAAGUGAAGGGUGGUUUUUAGGUUCUAGGUGUUUGGCAGACAUGGCACAUUUGCUCUAUGGACUCAGAGGCUUGCUCCAGAAAUCUGAAGUCAGUGCUGUGCAUCCUUCUGCAGCUGGUACAUUGCCCAGACACCUGCGGGGCAGAGCACUGUUUCUUGUGCUGUUGGUCAUAUAUGGUGUCAGUUAUUUUUGCAGAACAUGUGCACAACCCUGAAUUGUAUUUAGUCUUGGCAGGUAAGUUUAAGGGUACUUUUGAUCUAUUUAUAAUGAAUUCACAAUUUAAUCCUAUACUUCUUAGAUUUAAAAUUUUAAAUCUCUUACAUUGAAAAAAUUGAAGUUUACCUUGAAGAAAGCAUUGAGGUGUGCAUGGAGGUGAUUUAUUUUUCAAACCUAACACCUAACCCAGCAUAGGGAAGGGAGUGUAUAUGAGCUGUGUCAGAAGCAUAAUUGUAAAAGAGUAGAUUGUCUACAUAUGCAAAUAUGUUUUCGUACCUUUAUUUCCUCAUCAGAUAUGGCAUUUUUUUCCUUCUGACUUUCAGCAUUGCAAAUCUCAACCAGAAAUUUAAGGCUUUCUAGAAUGUUUUUUUUAAAUUUAGCUUGUGCUUUUGAAUUUCAGGAGAAAAUAAUUAUAAUUUAAGAAAAUACUAAAAAAGACCAUUACGGAUCCCAGACACUUGGGCUUGACCCUGUCUCUCCUAGGUGACCCUAGAAGAAAUAUUUUCAGGUAGUGUAUGAUGCUCAGACAGGUAGAAAACUCCACGGUUUUGAAACCUGCUUUUUUGUAACAAGAUGGUUGCCAUGUUGGUGGAGCUUCCCUUACUGUUUGUAAAUGGAGAGAGUGACCCUCACAGGAUACUUUCUUCUUUUAAUCUGGUAUAAAUCAAUACCUGGAUAUUUAAUUGCCAUUCUUACUAAAUCAUGAGGACAAAAAGAGUGUAGAAUGGAAGAAAAGCCUCUUGUAUCUAGGUGCUUUAAAUACAGGAGGCCCUUGUAACUUAAUUGCGUAUAGUCAACCACUGGAUCUCAGUUUGCAUCAAGUAUUUUAAAUAAUUCUGACUUUUAAAAAAUGUAUUGCAGUAGUAUGUCAGUACCUUAUUGUUAAACUGAAUCAGAUAAAGAAAUCUUCAGUUCCUAGUUAUUUGGGCCAUUGAAUCAUCAUGGACUGUAUAAUACAAUCAGAUUAUUUUAUUUCUAGACAUUCUUGAAUUACACCAAAGAACCUGAAAUCUAAUUUUGGUUAAGUUAUUUAUUUAUUUCAUUCACCCAUUUUAUUUCCCCUUUUAAGGUCUGGAUGAGACUUCUUUGGGAAGCCUCUACAAACUCUUCACUGUGGGCUAGGGUGGGGCAUUAGAAGCCAGGGCACUCCUCCUCCCGGCUCCUUCCCAGUGUCCAGAGGUGCUGUAGAAACCAUAGAUCCAGCCAGGGGCUUCCCGAAGGCAGUGCAGAGCCGGGCCAGGGGGCCGGUAGGCAGGCCCUAAUUAAGUUUAAAAAAGAAAAUCUAUGUAUUUAUUUUAGAAUCAUGUCUUUCUGUAUAUUAACUUGGAGAAUAUCAGUUAAUAUUUAGGAUAUAAGAUUUGAGGUCAACCAUCUUCCAAAAAAGAUAAGCCAAAAAAAAAAAAAAAAAAAAAGUCCUGACUUAAAAAAGUACAAGUAAACUAUAUACAUCUUUUUUUUUUUUUUUUCCCCAAUGAAUUUUAGGAACUAGUGAUAUGGCUUAGAAAGUAUAAUGGCCUAAAUGUUUUCAAAAUGUAAGUUCAUAUGGAAAAGAGUUUUGUUUAUAUGGGGGAAAAACCUAUUGGUUUAAAAUAGUAGGUCAGCCAACUGAUUUAAAAGGCACUGAAUUGCCUUGUUUUGAACCCCCCCUUCUCUUCCUAUGAGGAAGCACUGAAAGGGGAUGCUUCCCUGUGUGAAAUCUCAAACUGGUGUUGUUGACUUUUGAGCUUGAACAUUUUCAGACCUAAUUAAAACUUGGUUUAUUCUAAUUUCUGUAUCAAAGGAGGUUUAAGUGGGAACUAGUCUUAUAACAUGUAUGUAUCAUAUGUUUGUUCAUUUAAAGCUUUUUAAUCCAAAUAAAAAUGGAGUUUGCAAAGUGA